GCAACUUGUGAUAUCCUCAUCGGUGCUGACAGCAUUAAAUCUAUGGUGCGGAUGUUCAUGCUUCAGGAGCAGGCUGGACGUGCAGAACAACAUGGUGAGCUUGCGGAAGCGGCGGACCUGCGCAAUCCCGUACAGCCACGGUGGAGCGGCGUCAUCACAAACAAGACGACCGGCGAAUGUCACCGCAGAAACACGACAGAUGGCAGAGACCAUGAGACGGUGACUCAAUACGGCACAUUAGUAGACGAACACGAGCUGAGAUUCCUGCAGCAUAUUGUGGCAUACCCAAUAUCUCACAGGAAAUUCAUUAAUUUCGCUGCCUUUGAUACGGAUCAUACCAAGGAGGAUUCAUUCUACGGCGAAUCGUGGAUACGAGUGAGUAAUUCUCGUGAAAUCGUCGACCUAUUUCGCGACUGGGAACCCGAAGUCAAGCAACUCUGCAUCCGAUCUAGGAAGGUGAACCGAUGGACUAUGAAUGUCGUUAGGACGCUCCCGUCGUACGCUUCAGGUCGUGUUGCUAUCUUGGGAGAUGCCGCUCGUGCGAUGACGUCUAUUCAAGCAGCUGGAGUCGGUCAAGCUAUUGAGGAUGCUUGGAUCCGAUCAGCGCUUCUCUCACACCCGUUGACCACGCUGAACAGCGUGGUACAAGUACUCCAAAUUUAUUCUCGUAUCCGCCUCCCGCUCGCAUCACAAGUCGCCGAGGGCUCCCGCCGCAACAGCAUGUAUUUUUGCACUGAAGGAGUCAGGAGGCGAUAUCUCCGCGGCUAG